AUGACAGCAUCAUGGCUGUCCAUUGUAAUUUUUAUAAAAAUAUUAUUUAUUCAAAUUUAUAGUCAAGAUACAUUUGAUUGUACAGGUUAUGAAGAUGAUUCAUUUCAUCCUAUAUAUAAUACAAAUGAUUGUCGAUAUUAUUGGCAUUGCAUAUAUGUUGGUACAAAAUAUAUGCGAGCUGUAAAACGUGCUUGUCCAGCUGGAACGGAAUUUGAUGUACGAUUAAAAGAAUGUGAAAUAUCAAGUUUAGUGAAAUGUGUUUCAAUCACAUCAUUUGGUAUAUCCAGAAUAAGUAUGAGUACAAAAAAAUAUACGAAAUUAUUUUCACAAACACAAUCGAUACUAGCAAAAACAUAUUCAUUAAUAAAUCCAGAUAAAUCUAUUCAUAUGAAUAUCAUAACACAACCAUUCAAAGUAUUACCUAUGACUUCAUCUCAAUUAACACCUAUUUUUUCAUUUGAACAACUUAUUAAAAAAUUAAAUGCUAUACCCUUAUAUUCAACACAUAAAUCUAUAAUAUAUACUAUUAAACCUAAAAUUUAUAAUAUAAUAAAUCAAACUAUCACUUCACAAGCAACAUCAAUUUCUACAACAACUAAAAUAUCAUCAACAAUGAUAACAAAACAUAUUUUUUUAACAUCAAAAAAAAAUCGAAAAUCUAUUCAUCAUCAUCAUCAUCAUCAUCGUGAUAAAUUAAUAUUAAAUAUUUUAACAAGUAAUGAACAUAAAAUUCGACAAUUUUCAAUAAAUCAAAGACAUGGUAUACUUAUUCAAUGUAAUGAAAUUCGACGUCAUCAAUUACGUGAUUUAAUUUUUCGAACAACAAAAAAAUAUUCUCGAAAAUUUUUAAAUUCUUCAUCAAAAAUCUUUCAUUAUGACAUAUUGUCUUUAAAAAUAUUUAUAAUUUCUUUCUUAUUUUUACAAAAAAUAAGUGAUUAA